GGAAGAAAGUGUGCAUUAUCCCCUAUAAAACGCAUGGAAAUGCAAAAUCAUCAUUUAAAAUAUUCAGUUACAUUUAUCCGAAAGGAUAAUGAUUGAUCUUAAAUUGGUGUUCCUCGCCCUUGUGGUGGGCGUGGUAUACGCCGAAGCAUCGUGUUGUGUUUACUACCACUACUACCCAGUUCAUCACAAAAAACCUGAGAAAAAAGUUAUCGUUAUUAAGAAUGAUCAAGAACAUCAUCAUCAUCACCAUCAUCAUCAUGGUCAUGAACACAACCAUGGGCAUCAUCACGGCCAUGAACACAAGCAUGGACAUGAGCAUAAGCAUGGUCAUGCUCACCAUCAUAAGCAUGGUCAUGAUCAUAAGCAUGGUCAUGAACAUAAGCAUGGACAUGACCAUCACCAUGGUCACGAACAUAAGCAUGGACAUGACCAUCAUCAUGGUCAUGAACAUAAGCAUGGACAUGAUCACCAUCAUGGUCAUGAACAUAAACAUGGUCAUCAUCAUGGGCACGAACACAAACAUGGGCAUCAUCAUGGGCAUCAUCACGGUCAUGAUCAUAAGCAUGGUCACGAUCAUCACCACAAACAUGGUCACGAACACAAACAUGGUCACGAACAUAAGCAUGUCAAUCAUCAUGGUCAUCAUCAUGGUCAUCACCAUGGACAUCAUCAUGGACACCAUCAUGGACACCACCAUGGACAUCAUCAUGGUCACGAUCAUAAGCAUGGUCAUCAUCAUGCACAUCAUCACGGUCAUCACCACGGGCAUCAUCAUGGACACCAUCACGGUCACGAUCAUGGACAUCACCACGGUCAUCAUCAUGGGCAUCAUCACGGUCAUCAUCAUGGUCACGAUCAUAAGCAUGGUCAUCACCACGGACACGAUCAUAAGCAUGGUCAUCACCACGGACACGAUCACAAACACGGACAUCAUCACGGACAUGGUCAUAAGCAUGGUCAUCAUCACGGGCAUGAUCAUAAGCAUGGCCAUGAUCAUAAAGGUGAACACAAACAUCAUCAUGGUCAUGAAAACAGUCAUAAGCAUCACCACGGACAUCAUCACGGUCAUCACGGCCAUCAUGGCCAUUCUCUUGACUUGGAUGGACAUUAUAGCAAUCAAAAACCUCAAGUCCAUAACCUUUUUGGUUUUCAGUAUAACCAUGUAUAAGCCUUGCAAAAUUGUACUCACAAUGAUACGUCUGAAUUGGUGCUCAAUGUAUAUAAAAAAAAGUUGUUUAUAGAAAUUAGUCUAAAUAUUUCCGCAUGUAACAAAUUUGUGUGAAUAAAUUUCGCUAUUAUGCUUUACUUCAUAAA